AUGGCGCUGGUGGCCCCGCAGCCGCCUUUGCGGCUGCACGUGGACGCUCCGAAGCAGAGCCAAAUCCGGCCACCACGUUGGGGCUUCAGGCCUCUCGCCUCACGUCCUUCUGCCUCAGCACUACGGCGUCGAAGCCCACGCUUGGGCCGGGAGGCGGAGGCCGCAGCACCAGCGCAAGAGGCGGCAGGAGAUGUUGCCACAGGCUGGGUGCAGCUCACGAAGCAGGUGAUGUUGGUGGCCAUGCCCAACAUCGGUUCCAAUCUCCUUCUGCUGGCCAACGAGCAGAUCAACGUCAUCUGGCUCGGAAAGACCAGUAGCGCGGCUUCGUUGGCUGCAGUCGGCCUGGGUAACAUGAUGCAGAACUGCCUGGGUCUCAGCAUUGGCUGGGGUAUCCUGGCUGCCUUGGACUCCUUUGUUAGCCAGGCUUAUGGCGCCGGGAACCAGGAGGUCGCUUGCGCUCACUUCCAGCGCGGCCGCUUCAUUGCCACCCUCCAGCUUGUGUGGAUCAUCCCCACCCUCCUCUCCUCGGAGCGGCUGCUGCUGAGCCUUGGUCAAGGAGCCGAGGUCUCGAUGCUUGCGUCGCACUACAACCGCGCCACCGCCCCAGCACUCUUCUGCCUCUUCCAAUACCAGGCUCUGGCCAAGUUCUUGCAGAACCAGUGCAUCACGACUCCGCCGCUGAUCAUCAACAUCUUCACCUCGCUUUUGCACGUGGUGUGGUGCACCAUCUUCGUGGCGAAGAUGGGCCUGGGCAACACGGGGGCAGGCUACGCAAACGCAAUGACCUGGACCACGCAGUGGUUCCUUAUCAGCCUCUACGUCAUGAAAAUCGCCCCAAAGUUGGGUAUGACACGCCGAGAUGUAUUUUUCCCCGGCAAGGGAACCUUUCAAGAAUGGGGGAAGUAUCUCAAGGUGGCGCUGCCUUGCGUGCUGCAGAUGAGCAGCGAGUGGUGGUUCUGGGAGAUCAACGCCCUGUUGGUGGGCUUCUUGGGCACGGUGCCCCUCGCCGCGCACGUGGCUGCGAACCAGUUCAUCGGGCUGAGCUUCAUGCCGGCCAUGGGCAUCUCCUCCGCAGCGGCCGCGCUGAUCGGGAAGAUGCUCGGGGCCAACAGGCCUACAGACGCUCGUCGCUACGUGAAGGCCUGCAUCUUCUGCAACCUCCUGGUUUGGCUGACGAUUGCGCUUGGAGUGUUGUGUGGGAACCAUGCUGUGGCGUCGAUGUACGUGCGGCCUGGAGAGGUGUCGAUACUGAUGCAGAGCCUGCUGGUGAUCUUUGCCUUCGCCGGCCUCCCGGACACCACGCAGCACAUCAUGUCUGGCGCCCUACGUGGCAUGGGGAAGAUGGCAGCAGGAAGCGUGCCUCUGCCACAUGGGGGGUAG